CACAAACGCCCAAUCCAGCAAAAAUGCUUACCCAAAUUGAUUAGCUUUUGUAUGUUUCUUUAUCCUAACAUGGAAAGAAGCCAUUCGGAUUUGGAUUUGGGCAAUGUUGAAGUUGCAGAAACCAGCAGAGAUAGGAACGGCAAAGCGCCCCUUCUGGGCGGAGUCGAGAAUAGUCCGGCGGCAGAGGCCGGCGUAGGGUGCAAAAGGCGCGUCGCCAUAUCCGACCUCAUCUUCAGGAUCAGCGCCGCCGCUGCAGCCUUAACCGCCACCAUCAUCAUGGGAUCGGCACAGCAAACUCUCCCCUUCUUCACUCAACUCCUCCAGUUCGUAGCCAGUUAUGACGAUCUCCCUACUUCCUCGUACUUCGUCAUAGCUCUGUCGUUAGUUACAGGCUACCUUGUGCUCUCCGUCCCUUUCUCCGUUGUCUGCAUAGCUCGACCUCAGGUGGCAGGGCCGAGGUUUCUUCUAAUCGUCUUCGACACUGUGUCACUGGCAUUUGCUGCUUCGGCAGCCGCUUCGUCGGCGGCGAUAGUUUACCUGGCUCACAACGGGAACUCGGCAGCCAAUUGGCUGACGAUAUGCCGACAAUUCUCCGAUUUCUGCCAGAAGAUCAGCGGGGGUGUGGUGGCGUCGCUCAUCGCGGUGGCUCUGCUCGUUCUCCUACUGGCCUCCUCCGCCAUCGCCUUAAAGAUACAUAGUUGAACGACGUCGUAUACCUCUAUAACAGAAUAUUAUUAUUAUUAUUAUUAUUAUUAUUAUUUUCUAAAAUUACGUUUCAAUUAACAUAUAGAUUAGCAAUUUAUUUUUGUAGUUAACCUUGUUAAUUUGUAAUAUUCAGUAUUUACAAAAUUAUCACA